CAUUCUGUCAGUUGGUGUGGAAAAGUUAUGUGUGCUGGAGGUGAACACGGCUUUUUAAAUUAAACCAAAAAACGCUUUCUCCUUUAUUAAAACUACUUAAAAAGUAACAUUUGCAUUUAAAUCGACAUUAAAUAAUCUUGAAACAUUGAAAAAAAUGUCAAUAAACUUGAGAACAGUAUAUGCCUUCGCCCGGGAAAUGUAUCCCAAGAAAUCGAAUGCACCUAUACAAUACGGCACAGCGGGAUUCCGUGGCAAUGCCGAUAAUUUGGAUAGUGUAAUGUUUCGUAUGGGUGUUUUGGCAACAUUGAGAUCACGUAUAUUGGGCGGAUCCGUUAUUGGUGUUAUGAUAACUGCCUCACACAAUCCGGAACCGGAUAAUGGCGUCAAGUUAAUAGAUCCCAAAGGUGAAAUGUUAGAUCCCAGCUGGGAAGUCAUAGCGACCGAAUUGGCUAACGUAACUGAUCAAGAGCUCGAAGAACAAGUUGCAAAGAUUAUUAAAGAAAAUAAUAUUGAUAUUGGAACAUCAUCGAAUGUGUUUGUAGGCAUGGACAAUCGUUAUCAUAGCCCGAGAUUAUUGAAAGCCGUUGCCGAUGGCGUUAUAGCUUUGAAAGGCAAUGUCAAAGAAUAUGGCAUUGUAACCACACCAAUGAUGCAUUAUUUCGUUGUGGCAGCCAAUACCAGAGGUGCUUAUGGUCAACCCACCGAGGAGGGUUACUACACGAAAUUGAUUAAGGCCUUCGAAUCGUUGAGGGGUGAUAAACUAGAGAAUGGAAAUUAUAAAAAUCGUUUGCUGUUUGAUGGUGCAAAUGGUGUAGGCGCCCGUAAAAUGUUGCAAUUUAUUAAGAGAAUGAACAAAUCUCUAGAUGUAGAGGUUUUCAAUAAGGGAGAUGGCAAAAUAAAUCACGAAUGUGGUGCCGAUCAUGUUAAAGUUGGCCAAAAAGUACCAAUCGCUAUGCCCAUUGCCGAACCUAACACAAGAUGUGUUAGUGUAGAUGGAGACGCCGAUAGAGUAGUGUAUUUCUUUACUGAUGAAAAGGGCGUGUUUCAUUUAUUAGACGGCGAUCGCAUUGCAACUUUGGUAGCUGAUUAUCUUAUGGAUUUGGUUAAACGUUGUGGUUUGGAUAUCAAGUUGGGUCUAGUACAAACUGCCUAUGCUAAUGGUGCCUCUACCGAUUAUAUUGUAAACAAAUUGAAAGUUCCCGUAGCAUGUGUACCGACCGGAGUUAAGCAUUUACAUCACAAAGCUCAAGAGUUUGAUAUUGGUGUAUAUUUUGAGGCCAAUGGUCAUGGAACUGUUAUGUUUAGUGAAUCUGCCAAGAAAUUAAUUAACAGUGCCGCAGAAGAAGGUAAUAUAGAGGCAAAACAAUUUUUACUUGUCAUCGAUUUAAUCAAUGAAACCGUGGGAGAUGCCAUAUCCGAUAUGUUAUUGGUGGAAACAAUACUUAAUCACAAGGGAUGGGAUGUUAAAGAUUGGUUGGGCUGUUACGAAGAUUUACCUAACUUGCAAUUAAAAAUCAAAGUUCAAGAUCGUAGUGUCAUUACAACUACAGAUGCUGAAAGAAUUUGUGUCACUCCCGUUGGUUUACAGGAUGCCCUAAAUGAAAUUGUAGCCAACUACAAGAGAGGUCGUGCUUUUGUGCGGCCUUCGGGUACUGAAGACAUUGUCAGAGUCUAUGCAGAAGCAUCAACAAAAGAGGAAUGUGAGAAUCUUGCUUACGAUAUUGGUAUUUUAGUGCAAAAAAUGGCUGGUGGCGUAGGACCUGAACUUGCUCAUCCAAAUAAUUCCGUUAAAGCUCAUUUCUAAAUGUGUUCUUAUUAACUUUUUAUCAAUCUUACUUCACAAAAAGUGUAAUACUACUGUUUUAAAUGUUGAGAAAUAAGAAGAAAACUUGCCUGCCUUAAAGAGUAGUAUAAUGUUUAUUAAUUAAGACGACCAAGUAUAAAUCUCAUAUCUUUUUUAUAUAUUUGUAUGUAGAAACAAUUAUUUUUUAAUAUGUUUGUGUGUAUUUUAUGUUUUUUGUAAUGUUCAUUUUGUGUUCUGUAUUAUUUACAAUUAUUAUGCAUAGAUAGAGAUUAUAAAAAAAAUAUUAAAAAUAAAUAUCAGAUUCAGACACAGCAA